AUGUCUUAUAAUCCGUACGCAUAUGCAACAAGUGAGCAGAAUGGCGUUAACGAUCGCUUUUCCCACACUCCACAACAGCAACGACCAAUGCAAAUUCCGAGGAACACGCCCGUGAAUGGCCAAGGUAAUGCGAAUAUGAAUGCAAACGUAAAUGGCAGUGGCGGUGGUUUUCCAUUCCAAGAUCCUCGUGGUUCGAUGGCAUUCCAACUAGGGCAGAGCGCAUUUUCUAAUUUUAUUGGUCAGGAUAACUUUAACCAGUUUCAAGAAACGGUCAAUAAAGCCACUGCAAACGCUGCCGGCUCUCAACAAAUUUCAACGUAUUUUCAAGUCAGCACCCGUUAUGUCAUCAAUAAAUUGAAACUCAUCCUAGUUCCUUUUCUUAACGGAACCAAGAACUGGCAACGAAUUAUGGACUCUGGCAACUUUUUGCCACCAAGGGAUGACGUGAACUCCCCAGACAUGUACAUGCCUAUUAUGGGACUAGUUACCUAUAUUCUCAUCUGGAAUACGCAGCAAGGUCUGAAGGGUUCAUUCAACCCCGAAGACUUGUACUACAAACUGUCUUCUACUCUGGCGUUUGUGUGUUUAGAUUUGUUGAUUUUGAAGCUUGGCUUGUAUCUUUUGAUCGAUUCUAAGAUUCCAAGCUUCAGUUUGGUCGAACUGUUGUGCUAUGUCGGCUACAAAUUUGUUCCAUUGAUUCUCGCCCAGCUUUUGACCAACGUGACCAUGCCAUUUAACCUGAAUAUUUUGAUAAAAUUUUACUUAUUUAUUGCCUUUGGCGUAUUCCUACUAAGAUCCGUCAAGUUCAAUUUACUAAGCCGCUCCGGUGCUGAAGACGAUGAUAUACACGUUUCCAUCAGCAAAUCGACCGUCAAGAAGUGCAAUUACUUCCUAUUCGUCUAUGGCUUCAUUUGGCAAAAUGUUCUAAUGUGGUUAAUGGGUUGA